GAGCCAUUACAUACAAACUUGUACCGAAAUGCUAACUUACCACCAACAUUCGUUCAUUUCAUACAAGUUGCAGCUAUGUAAAAGACUCAUCCUCAGCUGUCCAGUAAUUUUUUUGCCGUCAUUUUACACACUAUAUACAUCACACUACUAUCUGCCUUACAUGAUUGAGCAAUUCGUGCAAAUUCUCACACUGUAUCAACAAAAUCGCAAAUAAAUAAUUACCCGAGAUUUUUCCUCUGCCACUUGCAUCAUAACCCACAUAUUAUAUAUUUUACUGUACAACGAAAGUAGGAUAAUUUCUAGUCCAGUUUAAGCUUGUGAAUUAAUCGUUGUGCAAUAUUUGCCUCGGAAGAAACAAUAUCCCGAGUUGUUGAAGUUGUUGAUACGAAUCUCAUACUAGAAAUUGUGCUAACUUGCCCAUUGGCGUUGUGGUUUUGUGAUCUCUAAAGUAAAAAAAAAACUUCUAGUCCUCUGUGUGUGCGCUAUUGAGAAUAAUUAGUGUUGACUAACUGGCUGGGACAUUUAUUAAUAUUUGCAUCAUCUCCACUGGAGUGGUUUCAUUUGGCGUCGUAGUAGUAUUAUUAGUGGCUUGAGGGUAUGAAGUGGAAAACAAGAGCGUAUUCUGCAUAGUAAACAUAGUGGAAUGUGUGAUGAGACCUUGGAUGAGGUUUAAGGAUAAGGUCAAUAAUUGGCCUAACAACCCCUUCCUGUUGGCCAUACUUGCACUAGUUCUCCUACUCCGAGCUGCGGGGUGUGAAUCUAACAGGAAAAAUGUGUCUUUCAUCCUGAUCAUCGCACUCUGCCUCCUCAACCUGAUAAACCCAUCGCUCCCGUCCUUAAGGUGCGAACCCGGUCAUGGCGUCAAGGAGCCGAGCAUUUCCCACGUGUAUCACGGCGACACAGUUUCAACGUUGAAAUUGUUCUUUGCCGUGAUUGGAGUACCAUUUUUGCAGAUGGUGGUAAUCGAAUGGUUUUGCAACAAGGAGAAUCCUUACACGAUAAAUGCAAAUGAAUCUAGUCGCUGGAAAAGGACGAUGUUACGUGUGUCGAGGUGGUUCAGGGAUUACAUCUACGGGUUGGCAGUUGUUUUGCUGCUUAACGAUAUCGGGAAGACGACGUUGAAUUCACCCAGACCACACUUUCUGGACAGUUGCAAGCCCAAUUUUACCAAAGAAUCGUGUCACACAGGGUGGCUUUCCGAUUACGAGUGCACAAAUACGGAAAUUACGAGGUGGCGACUGGCCGAUGCGAGGAAAUCAUUCCCAUCCGGUCAUUCCGCACUGAGUUUUUACGCCGCAUUUUUCAUGGGAAUUUACCAACACAAAAGAAUAAAUAAGAGGGUAAUGGGGACACUUUUUCUCCUUUGGUUGCAUAUCUUAUGGUUCGGAUUUGCCAUUUUCUGCUCGUCGUCACGCGUCGCGGACAAGCGACAUCAUCCAGUGGAUGUCACCUUUGGCGGAAUAUUGGGCGCAAUUGGGGGCAUUUGUUCAGCCAUCAUUCUCUGCAAAGGGUUCGGGAAACCACUCCAUCUCGGCGUCUAUCAGAGUAAAGUAGUUUCCGGUGCCCACAACGGUUCAGCCACCAUUUUGGACGGCUUCCCCAACAGUCCGCCCGGAAAUGGGCCGCUUCCUCCCGGAAUGAAUGGGGGGUCACGUCCCCCCACCAACGGCGAAAAACGGCCCUCUCUACGUCGUCUCCUGUCCACCCAAUCCACCAUGACGCAGAUGACGGACAUUGUAGAGGAUCGAGAAUUGGAUAGUUUAUAGUCAGUUAAUCGUAAUAAAACUUAAGCGAGUAUAAUUGUGUAGAUUUAAUCUCGAGUAAGUAUAAUAUUACGAAUAUUAUCCUACAAUUAGUUAGGAGAAUAAGGUCUCGUUGCAUUUACAACUUUAAAUUGAAUGGUCAUAAUCGAAAUUAUGUGUAAAUAUGUGCAUGCAAUUUCUAAGUGUCCGUAAAUAGAGGGUAGCGUUAAUUUGUAAUACGUACAUAUAAUUCAUGUCUUUUAAACCAUUUUAAGUAAAAAGUAAGGAAUUUUAAUAAAUAAGCGAUGAUGAUUAACGUGUCAA